AAAAAAAAACGCACAUCGCAAAAGUUCUGCUGCGUGUCGUGUAUAAAAUUUUUCUCGCACAUCAAAUAUUUUGUGUUCCAAAAAUAAAUGGAAUUCCAUCUUGUUAAAUUAUUUAUUAACCAUCGUGACAUAAUUGAUUAAAAAUCGUGUCAAAAUGCCAAAAAUACUCUUCAUCAUAUUUUCUAUCCUCUGUGUCUUAUUUGUUUUUACAAUUGCACAAAAAAAUGAUUCACAUAUCGUCAAUGUAUCGACACCAUCAUCAGCGCCCACGACAACUUCAACGACAACAACAAAAAAUUCAAUCAUCACGAAUAUUUCAAGUACACUUGCACCAGCUUUAAUAAACACGUCACAAAUUAUAUCGUCAACGACAUCAGAAUCAUUAAAGGAUUCCAAAAGUACAGCUGACAAUGAAGCAAGCAAGAAUUUUAAUACAACACCAACAGCAGAACCUCCUCUUCCCGAUCGAAAAGCUGUCGAACAAGAACACAAUAGCUCUCUAUCGAUAUUUUUUGUUCUUUGUAUAAUUAUUAUGGGCAUUCUAUUGAUUCAUUUUAUGUUGCAUACUGGUUUCCAGUAUUUACCAGAAAGUAUUGUUGUUGUGUUCCUUGGAGCACUGAUUGGUUUAUUUUUGAAUAUCAUGAGUGGAGAGAAGACCAGUUGGAAACGUGAAGAAGUCUUCUCUCCAACCGGAUUCUUUCUUGUCCUUUUGCCACCUAUUAUCUUUGAAUCUGGUUAUAAUUUGCAUAAAGGUAACUUUUUUCAAAAUAUCGGCUCUAUUCUAGUCUUUGCUAUAUUUGGAACAACCAUUUCGGCUUUGGUCAUUGGUUCGGGAAUCUAUUUAUUGGGCUUAGCUGAAGUCGCUUAUCGACUUAAUUUCUCUGAAUCAUUUGCAUUUGGUUCGUUGAUCUCAGCUGUCGAUCCAGUUGCAACUGUGGCGAUAUUCCAUGCCCUUGAAGUUGACCCAGUUUUAAACAUGUUGGUAUUUGGAGAGAGUAUUCUCAAUGAUGCUAUAUCGAUUGUCCUGACGACAAGCAUUUCAGCAGCAGCAAAUGGUCCAGCUGCCAAUUCAAAUGCUGGUGAAACAAUCCUAAAAGCUUUGAAAACUUUCUGUGAGAUGUUCUUCGCAUCGGCAGGGAUUGGAGUGAUAUUUGCCUUAAUUAGCGCUCUUUUACUCAAACACAUUGAUCUGAGGAAGCAUCCAUCUUUAGAAUUUGCCAUGAUGCUGAUGUUUACUUAUGCUCCUUACGUUUUGGCUGAAGGGAUUCAUCUCUCCGGGAUAAUGGCCAUUUUAUUUUGUGGAAUCGUCAUGUCUCAUUAUACCCAUUUCAACCUAUCGACAGUGACUCAAAUAACAAUGCAGCAAACAAUGAGAACACUUGCUUUUAUCGCCGAGACGUGUGUCUUUGCUUACCUCGGUUUGGCAAUAUUCUCGUUUAAGCAUCAAGUCGAAUUGUCGUUUGUUAUAUGGGCAAUUAUACUUUGCUUGAUUGGACGAGCUUGUAAUAUAUUCCCCCUAGCAUUUCUAGUCAAUAAAUUCCGAGAGCACAAGAUUAAUAGUAAAAUGCAGUUUAUUAUGUGGUUUUCGGGACUGCGGGGAGCUAUUUCGUAUGCGCUAUCAUUGCAUUUGGAGCUGUCGAGUGAUGAGACUCGUCAUGUGAUAAUUACAGCCACACUUAUUAUAGUGUUAUUUACAACUUUGGUGCUAGGUGGAUCAACUAUGCCGUUGAUGAAGUACCUGAAGCCGGGUAAAAAACUACGGCGAAGUCAACGUGGAGGUGGUAGUGGAGAAGGUAGACGACGACGUUCGGGUGGAAGGAAGAAGACCAAAUCGGUUUCCUUGAGUAAGACUCGUGAAUGGGGACAAGCUAUAGACUCGGAACAUUUGUCUGAGUUGACGGAAGAAGAGGAAAUUGGAUUUGUCACAACGAGAAUUGCAGGAUUUGGUCGUCUCGAUCGGAAGUAUUUCAUUCCGUUCUUUACGAGACGGUUUACAACACAAGAGUUGCAUGAUUGCAAGAGUCAGGUGACGGACUUGACUAAUAAAUGGUAUCAAGCUAUAAGGAUAUCACCACAGGAUUCGGAUAGUGAAGAUGAAGAAAUUGGCAUUGGGUCCACAUCUAGCCAAAUAAAUUUACAUCCUACGUCUUAGGUUAAAUUAAAUUAAAAAAAAAAAAAUGUUAAA